AUGCCCAUCGAAGUCAACUCUUCCCCGCCCCCACUUCAUGAGCCGCACUCCCACGAUAAUGUCCGACCCAAAGGUAUUCUAAAGAACCCGUCGUUUUCUGGUGCCAGCGAGCGCGAGAAGUCGCCCGAGAAAGAGCCGCCCUCGGCGCAUCUCGAUCCUCAGGCAGAGAAAGAACUCGUCCUCCAGAACACGCUCCAGAAUGCUGGUCACAGGAGAUCGUCGUCUGCCGCCAGAAGAACGUCGUUCUCUCGCCGCCACUCGUCUGCUGCCGCGGCGUCUGAGGAGGACCCGGACAAGAUGCGUCUGAAAUGGGAUGAGGCCAAUCUUUAUCUCGCGGAACAAGAGAAGGGCGGUCGCAUGAAGAUUACUGAGCCAAAAACUCCCUACCAAUAUGGCGACCCAGUGGAUGACGAAGAAGAAGAGGACGUGGCAAUUGACCCCCGUUUCGUCAACGUUGACGAGAUGGACAUCAAGAAGAAGAAGAAAGCCCGCGACAGCGAGAUUCCCGGCCUUGAACUGGGCGAACCUGAGGACGAAGCCGCUCAAAGUGCCGGCCAGGAAAACGACCGCAUUGUGCGCAGCGCCAGUCUCUCGCGCGACAACAGCAAGGAGAAGCACGUCAGUGUGGACAACGAAGCCCCGGCCAGCGAGCAGGUGGGAAUGCCAACUCUUGAGGAGCAGGAGAAGCACCGCCAAUUUGAGGAGCAGCGAAAGAAGCACUACGAAAUGCGGGACGUCAAGAAUCUGCUUGGCCAUCCUGAGGACAUCGAGGAGGAGGAUGAAGAGUCGAUCCCGCCCGGCAUGCCAUCUCUGCCCAACCGCGGCGUUAAUGGCACUCGGUAA